CGAUGGAUAAUAAUAUAGAACCUUUUAUAAAAACGAAAGUUAAAAGAAGCAAAUCAGAGAAUGAUGCUCUGCAAACAGACUGGGGAAAUCACACGGCUGUUGAUUGGAAAGAAUUCGUUGCACAGAUGUCAAAAUCCGGAUCGCACGUAUAUGUUUCUAGAUCCGAAAAUCCAGGAAAUGUUAACUCAUAUGCAGUUAUUAGAUUGCUACAAAAAAUGGAUGAGAAGUUAGACGAAAUGUCAAAUGAAAUAAUAAAAAUAAGAGGGUCUUUGGAACAAGCGAAGGGCAAAGCAUCAAAAAGAAGUGCAAACAGAAUAAGAGGAAGGAGACCAUACAAGGCAUGGAAUUUAAACAGAGAAAAUGGAAUGAGAUCUAGGAAAUUAACGUCACGUGAAACACAAACAGAAAUAGAACAGGAAAAAUACAACAAAGUUUCUUGGGAAAACUUGGUGAAAAGAAUCUCUUUCGACACAAUGAAUAAGGUGCCUGGAGAUGAAAUAAAGGCAUUUUGCAGAGGUUGGGGAGGUAUAGAAAAUAUCAAGGGUUUAAAAGCAGUGGUCAAAGAUCCAUGUUUGGGAUAUUUUUCAGAGGAUACGAAUGUAAAAUCACCCAAAAAUGGCAAGGACUUCGAUACGUUACUCUUCAGCCUCCUAUUCAAGAACUUCCAUGAUGGUUUGUCAAAAGUACAGAGAGAUAUGCAAUUUCGUCCCUUGAUAGAGAGUUCGAGGAAUUUUGAAGAAUUUGUCGAGAAAGAGUUAUGCUCCAUUCAAUCCUCGAGAAGACAAGAAGACGCGAGAUCAAUAUCAUCUGAAGAAUCUCCUCAUUCUAUGAAUUUAGAGCUUGUGCGCUUGGGGACUUUUAAAAACUUUCCUGCAUCCGGUUAUAUUUCGACAAUUAAACUCGCGAAAGAAGGGUUUUACUUUACUGGUAAUGGUGACCGUGUUGUCUGCUUUGCGUGUGGAUCUGAGAGGAGCAGAUGGAAAGCAGGCGAUAUUCCACGAGAAAUUCACCGCCAAAUUUCCCCAAAUUGUCCACUGUUGCAGACAGGUCCUUCCAAUAAUGUUCCAAUAGGAGAUGUUCCGAAUGGUGCCAAUACUGCUCAACAUACGGAAGACACUACUCAGCCUAGAAGUGUUCCAAAUAGAAUUUCUUUGAAUACUGGAGAUAACCAAAACUCAAACCAAUCUAAUAUCCAAGAUGAAGGUGCUCAAAGGGACAGAUAUUUAGAAAAUGUAAAUAACAAUGCAUCGGAAACUUUACAAGAAUCGUCUACAUUAAACAGAAACAAUACAGCUGCCAUUUCCAAUGGUGCGUUCAACACAACAAACAGCUCAGCAUUGUCGAAUGGUAACUCCCAAGCCUCAUCAUCAUCAUCAUUUUCAUCAGAAAAUGUAGCUAGUGCACCGAAGAAAACAGACGAAUACAAGAACUCAACAAAAACUGAAAUAAACACCGUCCUCUCAAGAUCGAGAAACAUACAAGAAAAAAUUAAUGCUUUUUUAAGAGAUUUAGACCCACUCGGAAUUAACUUUGACCGACCAAAAUAUCCUGCGUACGCAGUGCUGGCAACAAGAGUGAGCUCUUAUAAAGACUGGCCCACUAGUUUGACUCAAACACCACGUGACCUCGCUACAGCAGGGUUUCUGUAUGCUGGAUACGGGGAUUACACCCGAUGUUUCUUCUGUGGAGGGGGGUUACGUAAUUGGGAACCAGGUGAUGAUCCUUGGACAGAACACGCCAGAUGGUUUCCGAAGUGUGCUUUCCUGAGACAGAACAAAGGGGACGAGUUUGUUGCUCUCGUGCAAAUAGAGCAUCAGGAACAGGAAGAACUUGAAGCACAGGGUGCAGGAAAUAUUACACCUAGUUCCUUGCAUCAAGAAAGUGUACCCAAUGGGACAAGUCAUCCAGAUGUCUCUUCAUUCUCUUCCGUUCAAAGCGUCCUAGAAAUGGGUUACUCCUUAGCAGUUAUCAAAGAAGCUUUCAAUCAACUGAAGGCCACUAAGGACCCUCAAGACAUCUCUGGAGAAGAUUUGAUGGACUUUAUUUUGAGUAAAGAAGAAAGAAACAAUGGUUUGGAUAUCCCUCCCCAGAUAUUUAGCUCCAGGCCCCAGGCUAGGGGGGAAAACAUCGAGAGAAACACCAAUGGUCAACAAAAUGUGAAUGUAACCUCCCAGGCAGAUCAUACAAUGCCCUCCUCUGAUCAACAGGUGCCCUUAGCGGCAGCAAAUGGACAUUCAGUGGAAUCAAAGAAUGAAGAUGUUCCAAGGCCUAGAAAUCAGGAGAAUUUAGAUUCUUUAAAUGACAUUUUACCAUCAAUUUCCCUAGAGGACACCAAAUCAUUGAUUGAAGAAAACAGGAGACUCAGAGACCUAAGGAUCUGUAAAAUCUGUCUUGAAAAUGAGGCUUCUAUCGCCAUGUUACCUUGUGGUCAUCUCUGUUGUUGUCCAGACUGUGCUCCGGCCAUGCGGAAGUGUCCGAUAUGUCGACAGUUUGUAAAAGGGACGGUGAGAACAUGGCUGGCAUAGUUGGCAUUAGAUGACCCGAAAAUCAAGGUAACCCACCAAAUAUCUGCAUUUGAUAUCCAUAUGAUUUCCAACUUCAGUACUGUUGUGGUGUAAAUAUAAAUAUGUGUAAAUAUUAGUAUCAAAUUUGAGAAUCAUGUUUGUCCUUUCUCUGCAACCGUGCCCCCCGUAUCGAAUAUUACAAAAUCGACACAACCCCAACCCCCCCCAAAGCCUACAGUAAGUAAAUUAAAUGAACGCGCCCUUUUCAGUUAUUCAGAGGUGAUCAAUCUUUCUGCUCUUCUUUGCUGCAUUAAAAAACGCGAAUGUCAGAGUGUUCGAAUAAUUUUCUCUCUUAAAGUGAAAGUGAACGCUUGCAUAAAAUUGCUUGUGACCAAAUAAGUCUUCCUUGUGACUUCGAGUUAGGUAUAUCGGCAAAAAUCCAGGGAGUGUAAUGUUUAUAACAAUAUGAAGAAGGAGAACUUUGAUUUCUGACAUUUCACCAAGAUUUUGUCACAAUUGGACUAUACCAUCCCUAAAAUGAACUUUUGGGACGUUUUAUAAUGGAAUAUUCGUUUUAGUGUCAGGAUGAGGCAGGAAUCCUUGGCAGUUCAACAAAAAGAGGAAGUUUGAAGAUGACAUUUAAAGCCAUGUGAAAUAUACUUACUUUGAUAAAUCUAUGAACUGUUAAAAAUAUUUCAAAAAUGCAUUUGGACAUGAACGGACGUAAUGUGAAUAUGUUUAUCAGCUAUAAUCUGAAAAAAAUAUCAAUAAAUAUACAGUGAAUGUGUUCAUGAAUUAAUCAACAUUAUUGUUAUUCAUGUAUUACCUCAUGUAAGAAUGGUCAUGUAUUACCUCAUGUAAGAAUGGGAUUCGACACGUAUACAUUGAAUCGUCUGUAAGACUUUGUGUAAGUACCAUGUACUUAAUUCUUUUUUUCACAAUAACAUGACGAAAUUUUAAUUUAUUUGUGUUUGUUUAUAUAUAUAUAUAUAUAUAACAUUGCAGGCACGAUGGUUUUUUAAUGAAAUGGUUUUUUAUUAUAUGAGUUUAAUAUCUAAUGUUAACCGUGUUAUUUUUUAUCCUAUUAUAUUUUCCUAGUUAUUUAUAUAGAGUUUGUACUUGACAAAAAAAUCUUCUAGUCAAUAUGAUAUUCAAAUAAUAAAUUACUGUAUCAGCCGAUAUCUAUUAAUUAUGUUACAUGUAAGUAAGUUAUAUAGGGCAUGUCUUUUCUAUAUCUAUGAAUCGAUAUAUUUAUCGCAAAUUUCUUAUAUAUUGUUCCAGAGGACAAAUAUAUGUCGAUAGUUUAGUACCUUAAUACUAUCGGAUAGAAAGACUUUUUACAGAAUUAUCCAUUCGCUAUCAAUAGAAUAUUCUUUUUGUUCAUUUUAGUUUUAUAAUUCUUUGUUUUGGCUAUUCUUGUUGAGAUUUUUCUUUUUUUUUUUUCAAAUGAUAUAUUCGCUCUUUAUA